UUACACGUGUUGGCGACGAUGUUAACAUAACUAUGAACCCAGCGAAUGUCAGCUUCCUAUACUACGUAUGGGUGAAUGGUUCGGUAGCUGAGAGACUGUUACUGGUCCAGCCUAGGUCACACCGUGUAUGGGUACACAACACCAGUCACACUGGCUACAGGACCAGGAUCAGAUACACCAGGGAGGACUCACCAUCACAGACAGGACAGCUGAGGUUUACCAUCUACAAUGUUACUGUACAGGACGCUGGUACUUACUACUGUCAAGGAACCAAUGGACAGACAGUUACUGGAUGUAGACAGGUCCUCGUUGUAGCACAGAAGCCAACCACACCCACCAUCACCGGACCUGCCUCACCUGUAUCAGGUGAGAAUGUCACCCUGACAUGCUCCUCGUCCUCCCGGAGUCUACCCCUGGACCAUCCCCCACUAACUAUGACCUACAUCUGGAGGAGGGACAGGACCCGGGUAGAAUCUGGUGAUGAGUCUCCGACAGGUAGAGAUGACCUGACAAUAACCCACGUCAGCAGAGAGAACCAGGGAGACAUCUACAGCUGCCAGACUGUGGAGGAGGGGCUGAAGUCUAACUGGAGUCACGGAUAUGUACUGGAUGUUCUCUAUGGACCUGACAAGAUACAGUUUGACGGCACAAGUGACAAGCUGGAGGUAGAAGAAGGGAAACCUGCAGCUGUGAGAUGUUCUGCUGACUGUAACCCUGCCUGUACUGUAACCUGGUGGGACAUCUCAAGACAGACGGUGAUUACAGGACAAGGGGAGGCUGUGUUGUCUAUACCAGCUGUAGAGGUAUCUGUGUCUGGACUGUACACGUGUCACGUCAACAACACACAUGGGAGUGCAUCACGGAACCUGACGCUGGAGGUCUCCUCACGUGGAGUUACUGAAUCUGGUGUCGUUUCCAUCGUCCCCGUGGCUGCUGUCUGUUCCGUCCUGAUCGUGGUGAUCGCCGUUGUCGUCAUCGUUGUUGUUUGUAGAAAACAGAGACGUGGAGGAAGGGGAGACAUUCAUAGUCGCGUUGUCACAUACAUCCUUGACGCAGAAACAGACGGGGGCUACCAGGAGAUAGAAGAGAGAGGAUACGUUCAUCAGCGGGAAGACGAAAACGACGGGAGCUACCAGGAAAUAGAAGAAGGUGAUGACAACGUCGACGACAUCGUCCCCAUCGUAGCUGUCUACUCCAUUAUGCUCACUGCUGUGGCAGUUGUGGUGGCAGCAGUUACUGUUCUUGUCUGCAAGGACGUAAAAGAAAACCAGGACAGAAGAUGUGGUGAAUAUCUUACUGUGAUGGCAGAGAGAUUGUCCCGUGACUUGAGUGAUGUAUCUUGUGCUUCCAACAACGACGGGGAUGUCUUACCCCUACAUGAUUACGAGCGACUCCUGAGGGAACAGUUCCACAUCUACACGUCUCUCCACCCUUCAACUUCCUAAGCGGACGACCACAGUACCAGGUGAAGCCAUACCUGACGGUACAGUUCCUCAUCUACGUCUCUCCACUCUUCAUCGUCCUCCAUCGAUGACCACAGUACUAGGU